AUGCAAAAUCAUAAUUCCCUUUGUCAAUCAUGUGAUAAAUCAAAAGUUGAUUAUAUUUAAAUAGAAGAUGUCAAAUCAUCAUUUGCUUUAUGUGAGCAAUGCUUAUAAAAGAAAGAUAAUAAAUAAAAAUACUUAAAAAUAAAAGAAUUUUAAGAUAAGUGUAAGAGAAAGAUAAAAGAUGAUUUUCCAAACUUUUAUAAAAUCUAUUUAUUAAAGAAAAAUAUCGAUUAAAUUAAAUCUUGGAAAACUAAAAUGUUACCUUAAUUAGGAGAUGUAUUAUCCUUUUUAGAAAAUAAAAAUUAUAGUAUUUAGAAUUUCUAAAUAUUGAUUAAAUUUUUCUGUGAAGAUGGCAAAAAAUUUGAAAAGCUUGCAAACCAAAUAAUAUUUUUUCUUUAUGCAAAUCAAUUCAAUAUAUUAAACUCAGUGGAUCAAAAAUAACAAGGAUAAAAUUCACAAUUGAAAGAAAAAUUCUCUACUUAUUUGUAAGGAUUCAUAAAUAAAUAAUUUAAAAUAGUAAUGGAUUAUAUUGAACCAUCUAUUAUGAAAAUAUUUUCUUAAAUUCCUGAAAAUUUUUAAAUUUACGAUUAAUAUUUUUCAGAAGAAGAUAUCAAGUAAGAGGAAGGCAGUAAAUAUUUUGGUUAUUCAAAUAUUAUAGACCAAAAAAAUGGUAAAGGGGUUUACUUAUAAAAAGAGAUAAUUUAUUUUGGAAUUUUUGAAAAUGAUAUUUUUAAAUAUGGAGUUAAAUUUGAAUUUAUUUCAAAAGAAGAAGGUGAAUUCUUUUUUGGGUAAUUUAACUAAGAUGUUAUCGAAAAUAAUGGAAAAAUGAUUGCAUAUAAAAUUUAAGAUUAAAUAAUGUUUUAGGAGUAUGAAGGUUAGUAUAAAGAUGGUUUGAGAAAUGGAAAAGGAAAAUUCAUAUGGAAUAAGAAUUAAAAAAACGAAAUUUUAUAUGAUGGAGAGUGGAUUAAUGAUUUAUAAAAUGGAGUGGGAGUAAUUAUGAAAGAUGGAAAAUAAGACUUCACUUCUUUUGAAGAGGGAAAAAUGAUACCAAAAAUUACAAAUAAGUAAAAUUAAAAUACUUUUUAAUAAAACUAGUUUCAACACUUUAAUCCACAAUUCAAAUAACAAACUUAAGAAUAAGAAUAAAUUUAAUAAACUUCAAUUUAAUUUUUCUCUUAAUAUCAAAAUAAACCUUUAAAUGAAUAACCUUUAAGUCAAAUCUAAUAAUUCUAAAAAGAUAUACGGAAAACUUAAUUUUAAGAUCAGAAUAAUAUAUCCUAAAAUUAUCAAAAUAAUAUUGUACGUAAUACAAAUACAAAUAUGAAUAUGAAUAAUACAAAUAAUAUGAAUAUGAAUAUUAACUAUAGGAAUAUGAAUAAUACAAAUGCGAAUAAUACAAAUUUGAAUAAUACAUUUUUGAAUAAUACAAAUGCGAAUAAUACAAAUUUGAAUAAUACAAAUGCGAAUAAUACAAAUUUGAAUAAUACAAAUGCGAAUAAUACAAAUUUGAAUAAUACAAAUGCGAAUAAUACAAAUUUGAAUAAUACAAAUGCGAAUAAUACAAAUUUGAAUAAUACAAAUGCGAAUAAUACAAAUUUGAAUAAUACAAAUUUGAAUAAUACAAAUGCGAAUAAUACAAAUGCGAAUAUGAAUAAUUGCUAUAGGAAUAUGAAUAAUAUAAAUUUGAAUAUGAAUAAUAAUACAAAUACGAAUAUGAGUAUUCAAAAUAAUCUGAAUAAUUAACAGAGCUAACUAAACCAAAAUUAGAUAUUCUAAAAAAAAUAUUCAUUUGAAAAGUUUAAUUUUACAAAUAAUAAUUUUAAAUCUUUUUAAACUCCUUAACCUGAGAAGAAUUAGCCAUAAAUAGGAUUGUAAAGUCAAGAAUUUAAAACAGAUCAAAAUCAAAAAGAAAUUAAACCACCUAUGUAAUAUGGUUAAUUCAUUCCGAGCAAACUUAAUACACAAUUUGGUUAAUUCAAUCCUAGCAAAACUAAUCCACAAUUUAAUCAAGGACAAUAGCUACAAUCAACAGAUAUACAAUAAAAUUAGUAUAAGAAAUGAAUGAUAACAUAUAAAAUAG